AUGAUGAAGACAUUGAUAACCACAUGGAAACAUCAGUUUGUCCUAUGCUUCAAAUGUGCCACUUUGCCACAACUGGUAAAACAUAGAGUUGAUGAUGACCUUCUCUCAGAAUGUUAUGGAGAAAAGGCUAGUGCUAAAUACUGGUGUGAUAUUUAUGAAAAAGAAACCAAUCCAGAGGCAUGGUUCUACACUUCUAAAGAUCACCGGGCUAGUUUGCAUACAGAAUGUGUGCUCGGGGACUGUGCAGGGCUCAUGCCUGGAAGAACACUAACGUGUUACCUCAUACCAUUUGAGGUGGUGCUCAAUAAUAGUGUAACUCGCCCAUUGUGCAAGCACUGCAAGUCGCGUUGCAUGUACAAUAUCAUGUUAAAGAAGCCUGGAACCUCAGGUACAUACUUUUGCUCUAUAAGCUGCAUGUCUAACGUGACAUUUGUGGAUCAUCUUGUCAAGACAGAGGGGAAGAUAGAUAGUUAG